AGAGCCACACGCCGUGACAGCCAUGUGGCCUGUGCUGCUGCUGCUGCCGCUGGCCCUGGCCGCGCUGGCGCUGGCCCGGGUGGCCCAUCGGCUGCUGGCCCCGUCCGGCAACCCCUUCGCAGGGCCACCCCUGGAGCCACCGCGGCCACUGGUGACCGACCAGCGCACCCGGGACAGGGUGCUGAAGCGGGGGUUCAGCGCCCAGCGCGUGCCGGACCGCCUGGACGCCGUGGUCAUCGGCAGCGGCGUGGGGGGCCUGGCGGUGGCCGCCACCCUGGCCAAGGCGGGCCGGCGGGUGCUGGUGCUGGAGCAGCACGAGCAGGCCGGGGGCUGCUGCCACACCUUCCAGCAGCACGGCGUCGAGUUCGACGUGGGCAUCCACUACGUGGGGCAGCUGCACGAGGGGAGCCUCCUGCGGGUGGCCCUGGACCAGGUGACAGACGGGCAGCUGUGCUGGCACCGCCUGCCCGACCCCUACGACGAGGUGACCCUGGGCGCGCGGCGCUACCUGCUGCGCUCCGGCAAGGUGGCCUUUGUCACCGCGCUGGAGGAGCAGUUCCCGGCCGAGAGGGCGGCCAUCAGGGAGUUCAUGAGGCUCUGCAAGGUGGCCUCGCGGCACGCGGCGCUGCUGGCGCUGCUGAAGCUGUCCCCGCGCUGGCUUGUCACCGCCCUGCUGCGCUCGGGGCUGCUGCCACUGCUGUCCCCCGUGUUCCGCAUGGCCACCACCAGCCACAGCCAGGCCACCGCCGGCCUCACCUCUGACCGCGACCUGCGCGCCCUCCUCGGAUACCUCUUCUACGGCACGGCCCCGCGGGACUCGAGCUUCCUGGUGAGCGCGCUGAUGGUUCACCACUACCAGCGCGGGGCCUGGUACCCGCGGGGGGGGGCCAGCGAGGUCGCCUUCCACGCCGUGCCCGUCAUCGAGCGCGCGGGGGGCGCCGUGCUCGUGCGCGCCCCCGUCACGCGCGUGCUCGUCAGCCCCGACGGCACCGCCCUGGGGGUGGCGGUACGGGCGGGGCCCGGCCAGGAGGAGCUGGAGAUCCGCGCCCCGCUCGUCAUCUCGGACGCGGGGCUCUUCAACACCUUCGGAAAGCUGCUGCCCCCGCACGUCCGCGGCCACCCCGGUGUCCGCUCCCGCCUGGCCAUGGUCCGGCCGGGCAUGGGCUCCUUCCUGGUGUUCGUGGGGCUCCGGGGCAGCGCGGCCGAGCUGGGCCUGCCCCCCACCAACUUCUGGAUCUACCCCCACAACGACCUGGACGCCAUGAUGACCCAGUACGCCGCCCUGAGCCGCGACGAGGUCCCCGAGAACCUGGCCAUGAUGUUCAUCACCUUCCCCGCCGCCAAGGACCCCACGUACGAGCAGCGACACCCAGGCAGGUCCUGCAUGACCAUCCUGACCAUGGCGCGGUACGAGUGGUUCGAGGAGUGGGCCGGGAGCGGCCCGCGGCACCGCGGCCCGGAGUACCAGCGCUACAAGAUGGACAUCGCGCAGCGCCUGCUGGAGAGGGCCCUGCAGCGCUUCCCGCACCUGCGGGACAAGGUGGAGUUCGUGGAGGCGGCGACCCCGCUGACGAACCAGCACUACCUGGGCGCGCCCCGGGGGGAGAUGUACGGCACCGAGCACGACCUGCGCCGCUUCAGCCCCGCCGUGCUGGCCGCGCUCAGGCCCGACACGCCCGUCAGGAACCUCUACCUGACCGGGGUGUCCCUGUCCCACCGUGGCUGUCCCCAGGGCAGGACGUGUUCUCCUGCGGGCUGGCGGGGGCCGUGCACGGGGCGCUGCUCUGCGCCUCGGCCGUCCUGGGCCGCCUGCUCUACCUGGACCUGCUGCUCCUCAAGAGGAAAAUCAAGCGGCGCCAGGGCCGGCACACGGCGUGAGGGGACGGCGGGCCCGGGGACACCUGUGCUGGGGACACCUGUGCUGGGGGACACCUGUCCUGGGGGGUGGCCCCGGGCUGGGGGUGGCUCCCAGCUCAAUAAACCCGUGUGUCCUACAGGCCUGCAGCCGUCCUUGGGGAGGGGAUGGGGGGGGGACGUGGGCCCCGGCCAUCGGGGUGGUCCCGAAGGGUCCCUGUCCCCCUGA